AACUGGGUAGUGGUGACGAACAGUGACGGAGAGCACCCUUGCGCCGCCCGCCAGGGACGCGCCAUGCCUGCGACGGGUACGGCCGCGGACUACCACCGCGACAUUCUCCGGGUACAGCUUCGCGCAGGUGCUGGCACAGACAUUGCGCCAAUUGAACCGAGCGUGAUACUCAUAGUCAUAUUAAUGCUUCGUGAUGAAACUUCUUCCUCACUAGGAUUUACAUGGAAGUAAGCUGGCUGCAUAGGCUUGGGUAAGUCCACAUCCUUACUGUUUAGCAUUGUGACAACUCGCUCCAUAUCAGGUCGAUGCUCCGCAUUUUCUUGAACACAUAAGAGUGCCACCUGAAUGUGCCUUUCUAUCUCUUCACGUACAUUGCCUGGAGGAGAAUAAAUCAGCUCAUCUGAUUUUCCGUCCGUCCAAAGUUGCCAAGCCUGCCAAAGUAACAUGUUUUUGUGAAACAAGUGAGAUAGAGAAUAUUCUGGCCAUCCCAAAAUCUGAUAUUUUUGGAUUCAUUUCACUAUCCAAGAGAAUGUUACUUGCUUUCAAAUCCCUAUGGACAACGCAUAACCGUGAAUAAUUGUGAAGAGGCCUUUAUGCAAGUUUGCACAUUGCUCAAAGCAGGCCUAAUGCUUGUGCUAAAGCUUUGAAUGAGCAUUUCAAACUUAAUAGGACUGCUGAGCAAAUUUCUAACCACUUGAAGACAGUGAAGAAGAAGUACGUUAGGAUUAAUCAACUUAGGGCUGAAAGUGGGUCCGGUUGGGAUGAAGAUUUAUUUAUGGUUACAAUGGACCAUGAGCAGUACACAACCCACUUUGCGAAUGACAAGAACAAGGGGGAUGAUGAGUACAUCAACAAACCAUUACCUUACUAUGGCAAUUUAGCAACAAUAUAUGGUAAUAGUACAGCAACAGGAAGGUUUGUGAAGACCUCAAAUGACCCUCUUGGAGUAGAUGAGUUGAAUACCCAAAAAGAAAUGGAGAACAUUGGGACACCAACUAAUGGUUUGAAUGACAAGGAAGGCAGCCCACCUAAGAGGGACGAAGGAGGACCUAGUAGACCAUCCAAGAGAGCUAAGAAGGAUGAAUGUGGAGCAGAUCCUUUGGUUCAAGCCUUUCAAAGUGGUGCUGAAACUAUAGCUAAUGCUAUUGAAAAGGCUGCAGCAAGUAAAGGUUUGCCAAACGGAUUGUUUGAAGCGGUGGACAGCCUUCCCGGAUUUGAGCUUGAGCACAAGUCUAGGUACUACUCUCAUAUGCUUGGUGAUCCUAAUCUUGCAAAUGGUUUCAUGAAUGUGCCCGUGCUUUACAAGAUCACAAGAUGGCCGAUUUCAUGAACAAGAAUAUGUAGGCUUCCUAGGUACUUAAGUAGACCUAGUUGGAUGAUUAUAUUGAGUAGUCAUGGACUCUUGUGGUAUGGAUGAUUUUGAGACAUGCAUUUGUAUCCAUGAACAAUGCUCUUUGGAUAUUCUUGCAUGUCAUGGUGGUUGUAUUUUGGGAUGGUGGUUGCUGCCAUAUUGAACAUUGAUUGUGGCUGCUCAUUGUUGACAAUGUAGUUGGUAAUCACACUAUAUUGGACUGCUCAUAUGUUGAGUAUUUUGUGUUGAAUGUGGCUGCUCAUAUGUAACCGCAUUGUUGAGAACAUUGUGAUGGUAAUGAGUUGUUGUA